UGUUGUAGGAUGUCUGGUCAAUGUGCACAUGUCUUGGCAGUUAUCAAUAUACUGGAGCAGUGGAAGAUCUCUGGGUAUAAGGAGGUUCCAUCAGAAAUUUCUUCAACCAGUUUGCCCCAGCAAUGGGACAAACCUCGUGGUGAGAAAAUAAAAGCUGAACCUGUUUCGACAAUGAUUAUAUCCCGUCCAACAAAUCUUGAGAGAGAAAGAAAGCCUGUGAUAGCAUCCUAUAUUGAUACCAGGAAGAUUGACAUAAAUUCAGAUGAUAUUCAGGAACUGAAGAAAUUGAAGCAGAGUCCUAUUUCAUACCUGGUGACAACAACAAACUGGACUGUAAAUACUGUAAAUGCUCCACUUGGAGAGCAGUUGAUUGGUUCAGCUCUUAGUUAUCAUGCACCACUCAUUCAGCCAAUCACAAAACCCCGAACUGCAUGGAGUUGUGGAGAUACAGUAUUUCCCAAGGCCUUACCUUCCUGUGAUCUCCAGAAUAUUCAACAACUUGCUCAUGAAUGGAAAGACCUAAAUUUAACUUUGAGUGAAGCCAUUGAGUUAGAAAAAUCAACUCUCUCUCAAAGUUUUGACCAAAGAUGAAAUAUGGAACGGAAAAAAAGAAUUACUGCUUCCAAUUUUGGACUCAUAAUGAGAAGGAAAAAGGAUAUAAAUGAGACAUUUUUGAAAAAUACCUUUCAGAAAAAAGAGUUUACAUCAUCAUCUACAUCCUAUGGGAAAGCAAAUGAACAUGUAGCUAAACAAAUGUAUAUAAGAAAAACAGGAAAUCACCUUCAUGAUGUAGGCUUGAUUGUUAAUCCAGAUUUGCCCUUUCUAGGUGCCACACCUGAUGGUAUAAUGUGUGAGGAAUCAACAACAGCCAUAAUUGAAAUCAAGUGCCCCUAUUCUGUCAGAGACAUCUCUAUUUGUGAAGCUUGUGAGACAAGAAAAGAUUUUUUCCUCCAAAAAAAUGGUGAUUUGUAUUCUUUAAAACAUGGGCAUGCUCACUGGUAUCAAAUUCAGGGUCAACUGCUCAUAUCUGUGGCCCCUUUUUGUGACUUUAUUACUUACACCAAGCAAGACUUUUAUGUAGAAAGAAUUUUCCCCACACAUCUACUAUGGAUGCCUUGAUCCAAAAAUUGUCCGAGUUUUAUGUACAUCACUUUAAGCCAU